UUGCCCCUAUUAUGUUCUCGCUAGUCUUGCAACACGUGCACAAAGACACAUGCCGUUAUCAACAGAAACGAGGUCACCAAUUCUGUCUCCGUUUGUUUUUGCGGUGGACAUUCGGCUCAGAAGAACAACUAACCGAGGGUGUUGUUUACGUUGUUUGUGAAUGAACGCGGUUUGUUGAAGUCAGUUUUACAGUGUAGUGUUCGUUGAACAUUUGUAACCAUGUCUACAACUUUGUCAAAAGACAUACACAAAAGUUUUGAAAACUGACAAAAGUAUGAAAUUUUCUUCAUAGAUAAAAAAGGUGGACAACAUGAAUGGCUGUUUGGCAUAUGUUGGGGGUAAUUCGAGACGUCGUUUAUUUUCUCAGUUUGCAUUAGGGUGGGUUAAGUGAGCUCCGUUUGAUUGACAUAGCUAUCAGGCGAUCUGAGGGAAGUACCACUCUUGCAGGGUGUUAAAGUCCUGUUUGCGCGGAGUUUUAGUCUUAAUAUACACACUAUUGUAGUUAAUUAUAUGUUUAGAUAUAGCCUUUAAACAGAAGUACAUUUAAGACUUUCUAAUGUAAAUUAAUGCCGUUUAUUUAUUCAAUCACCUCCCCUUUUCCUAGAAUGGUUCCGACCAUCUUCCUUCAGUGGGCCGUGUGUCAAGUGAAGGGCGGUGUUGACUGUUCCAGGGCUCAGAUGACCAGUAAGACAUAUCGCAGCACAGCCGUCGGAUAUGGUGUGGCGACUGGCCGAAAUCGACUCCGCUGACUUGAGACUAGAACUAGCGCUGACCGAGGCCGCGACACGUCCGCCACCCGCCAUGGAGACCAACGACACGUUCGGCGGAAACGUGUCCGCGGCGAACUGUUCCUACGCCACCGCCAGCUCCUACCCGCGGUCCUGCUCGACCCCUGCCGACAACCAGUGUCCACUGCCUGGUCAGUCUCCGGCCUCUACGAUCGCCAUGUUUACCGUGGGAGUGUUAGGAAACAUCAUCGCGCUCAUCGUACUGUUUCUGAGUCGGAAGAACCACAAGAGAACUGUGUUUUAUCUACUGGUAACGGGCCUAGCGUGGACGGACCUGUUAGGUAAGAUAGUCACAACCCCGAUGGUUUGGGCUGUGUACAUUAACAACAUGGAGUGGUUAGGUGGGUGUUACACAUGUAACUAUCAUGGCUGGUCUAUGUUAGCGGCAGGGCUGAGUUCUUGCCUCAUCGUGUUCGUCAUGGCAGUGGAAAGGUUCAUAGCCAUCAGACACCCGUACUUCUACAACGUUGCCGUGACCAGGAUGAAAGCGAAGAUCACCCUGGUGGUGUGCUGGGUGGUCGCGAUCCUCAUCGCCGCUCUUCCCCUCAUGGGUCUCGGCGAGAACGUCAUGCACUUCCCCGGGACCUGGUGCUUCUUCAACUUCUACGGGCGGGAGCUGACGUCGGUGGUGUACGCCUCGCUGUUCGUGGCGGUGCUCGGGGUGUGUAUCCUGGGCACGCUGUUCUGUAACCUGUCGGUGAUCGCCACCCUGCUGAGGAUGAGAAACUCCAUCCUGAGAACGAGCUCCAUGAGCCAGUCCGACGACCUGCACAAGACGGCCGUGAACGUGAGAGAGGAGGACUCCCCGCGCAGGAGGCGGCGGACCAACGUGCGGGCGGAGACUCAGAUGGUGGUACUGCUGGCCGGGGUGUCCAUCAUCUUCACGGUGUCCUGGUGCCCUCUCAUGAUCCGGGUCUUGCUGAACCAGAUCCCGAGCUACGAGAGUGAGAUCCAGUGGGAUCUCGUUUCCGUUCGAAUGGCGUCCAUGAACCAGAUCCUCGACCCUUGGAUCUACAUCCUCUUCCGCCGAGAACUCUUCCACCGCGUCAUCAAAAUUGUGAAGGACCUGACCUGCAAGAUAAGACAAGUUCCGAAACAACCCAGCGACAACAAGCGAGAGGCGGGCAUGGUGACGUUUUCUAACGGACACGCUGGCCGAGCGAGCAGACUGGCGGUGGCCGACGCCAUCUUUCAUCACGCGAUCGACGAGACAGACAAUCUGAACUCUCACGAGAACAACAUGAAUGGCGAGAGAAGACCAUCCGGGAGGUCUUCGUUUAGCAAACGCCGGCCCUCGUGGCGAGACUGUUUACCGGCCCUUUCUCCGAAUGACGACCGGUGCAUCUAUAGUUCCUUAGAGGACGUUGUGUUUGAGGAACCUACCACAAAAUUUGAGACUAUAACUCCAGAAGCUAGCCCUUUGUCAAAGAGGCAGACGAGAACUAUGUCAGACGGAGCGGUCAGUAACCUCAGCCCGAAUACACUGAAGAGAAGAGCUUCGGGAACCAUGGAAAAGAGCCAUACGUUCCAUGGGACAAUUGAACAGUGAACAGAGCAGUGCCGACAGACAACACGAUGGCGGCCACCCAGACUUCACAAGGCCAAAAACGUAUCAACUCGCAGUGUAAUAAAAUACAUAAUACUUCUCAUUUUAUAUACGCAACACUUGGAUCAAAUGAAACGCAAAAAAAAACUUAUUACCAAAGGUCACGAUAGUAAUCGCUCUCCAUUUCAGCCAUCACAUUCAAAGAUUAGAAGAUACUAUUUAAAUCUAUGGUUGCGAAUUGUCUCCCCCCCCCCAUAUCUUUGUAAUGCGCACAAGUUUUCUUUAGCAUUCUGUGAAAAAAAAACAUUAGGCAUUAAUUAGAGUAUUUACUGUAUCUUGUGUCUGAGCUGUAGUAUGCGAUAUGCAUAUGAAAACGGCUACUUGAGAUAUGUUUGAUUAGCAAACCGUGCGUUAAGAUAUUGAGGGAUAUUAACUUAAACAUGUUAGAAUAUUCCCCAUCCCUAUAGCUGAAAUGAACCUUUCUUAGGUGUGAUUAUAAGUGAAAAAAUGCAGUUUUUAUUUUGUAUCAGCAUUCUAUGACUGGUAUAUUUUAUCAGUUUAGAUAUUAGUCGAUAAAAGUAUAUAUAAAUGUAAAUAAGAAAAGACUUAUUACAGGGUAACUUUGUACAGGCAAACAGGAAGAACAGAGAAGUGUGCAUAGCUUGCCAGUAUUAGCACAGUAAAUACCUAUACCGUACAGUAGAUAUAGUUGGUCUCGUGAAACGUAACGUCUAGUUAAUCUGUGAAUUAGGCCAUGCUGAUUUGAUUAUAUGGAUGACAUCCUCUGGGCAUCCAAAACUGAUUCGAACGUGCGAAAAGAUUGGACAAAAGUAACCUUCCUCAUGAAAACCAGGAAGGUUGAACAAAUGGCUGAGUUUUCAAGACGUGGUAUAUUAAAUAAUGGAUUCUGUAUUUGUGUUCUUUUAUAUCUUUGAUAUUGAAGGAAUUUGCUCAUCAGCAUACAUUUUCCUUUAAUCAAUUGACGACACAUAUUUGCAAGUUUUGCAGGUUCUUUGUACCAUUUAGAGUAUGGUCGUAGACUUUUUUUGUAAAACGGACGAAAAUGGAUGCUCGCGAGGAUGUCAUCUAUAUAAUCAACUCAGUGUGGCCUUAAGAAUGUAACAUAACGCUAUUCUAGCUCAAGAGUAGCAGUGACAUGACCGUUGUGCACGAUAUGUAUUUGUAUAAAUCCUGUGACGUGUAUGUCAUUGCAUAUAUGGAUGUUUUAUGUACUCAGGUACCGUUACUGUACAGAGAGAAAUAAAGUUAUAAAGAAGAUAUAUAGUCCUU